AUGCGUUCCGGGAAUGGUAACGCCCCCAAUAUCGAUAUCGAUGUUGUAAAGGGCCUCAGUCAGCCUUCGGCUCUUUACGACGAGCUCGUUCGUUACAUUCUGUCGACAGUUGGAUGCAAGCUGCAGAACGAGUCCACUUUGCGGCUCGUUUCUCACGCCGCUCAGAUCUCUCUCGAGAAGCUUUUCGAGGAGGCCAAGAGCGUUCAGGUUUCAAAACGUCUGAGCCGCGGCGACCAUGAGGCCAAGCCCGCUCUGUUGAAGGAGGACGUUAAGGAGCUCGAGUUCCCUGCUGUUUGUGAGACUCUGCAGAAGACUGACCCCAAUGUUCACAACUACAAUAUAUUUUUAGAGCCUAACGAGAACAUUUAA